UAGAGAGCGGAAUUAUUCGGAAACCACGUUUGGUUCUGUUUUCCUCUCCCCCUUCUCCGAUCGCCGGCUCCUCAACAAUUCUCCAAUUCCGCCCUCUACCGGAGAGAUCUCCGAUCGGAAGCAUAUCCCUUUGGAGGUGAACAGGCUCGAGAUAAAAUCUUCAUGGGGACUGAAAACCCCAACCGUCCAAAUUUUCCUGCGAGACCAGCUGUAACACCGUUUGCUGCUCAGCAAUCUGCAACACCUUUUCUAUCGUCUGGUUCUGUAGUUGGAUCAGAAGCACCCCCCUUUCGCCCUGUAUCUACUGCUUCCUCUCAGUUUUCAACUCCUCCAUUUUCCGCUGGAUCAGAGGGGCCUGCCUUUAGACCGCCUCCAACGAGUAGAUCCAAUGAACUGGUUAGACCACCUCCACCAUCGGCCUCAUAUGGUCCACCAAGUUCAGGAUUUCAGCAUUUCCCAUCCCCCCAAAUGCCUUCAACUGGUCAAUUACCGCCUCCACGCACCUCUUUUACUGGCCAGCCUGUUGUCCCUAUGCAAACUAGACCUCCUCCAGGUCAUGUUUCGCUUCCUUCACAACCCCAACCACCUUCAGUACCCAUGGGAUCUCCGCCUCAAAGCAUUAAAACUGGACAGCCCAACAUGAAUAUUCCUUUGUCUGCUGAUCAACACUUCUUGCCAUCCAGGCCAAAUGCCCAAGCUUCUUCACCACCAAUGGGCCCAUCUUAUGCAACUCCCAGGGGUACUUUUCAGUCGGCCUUUCCAGGGUAUGCUAACAUGCAACCGAAUUCUGUUGCUCAAGCUCCAACUAUGCAGCCUUCCUCCUUUCCAUUACAACAAGGGAACUAUGGUCCACCAGCACCGUCAACUCCUUUUCUAUCUCAACAAAGAGGUUAUACUCCUGGUCCGCCUAUGUCGACUCCAUCAGGCCUCUAUACCGGCACUCAAAUGCAGCAACAUGGCAUUGCACCUCCCCUUGCUAAUUCACAGGGCUUGGCAGAAGAUUUUAGUUCCCUUUCUCUUGGAUCUGUACCAGGAUCAUUUGAUGCGGGAGUUGAUGUUGCAGCCUUACCAAGGCCAUUGGGUGGUGAUGUGGAACCAAAGACUUUUGCUGAGAUGUACCCCAUGAAUUGUAGUUCUAGAUUCUUACGACUGACAACGAGUGGCAUACCAAAUUCUCAAUCUUUGGCAUCUCGAUGGCAUUUGCCUGUAGGGGCUGUUGUCUGCCCUUUGGCAGAGACUCCUGCUGGGGAGGAAGUUCCAGUGGUUAAUUUUGCCACAACAGGCAUUAUUCGGUGUAGAAGGUGUCGAACUUAUGUGAAUCCAUAUGUCACGUUCACCGACCAUGGAAGAAAGUGGAGAUGCAAUAUAUGCUCAUUGCUCAAUGAUGUUCCAAGUGAUUAUUUUGCACAUCUGGAUGCUAGUGGCAUUAGAGUUGAUAUGGAUCAAAGGCCUGAGCUUACAAAGGGUAGUGUUGAGUUUAUUGCUCCAGCUGAAUACAUGGUCCGACCCCCGAUGCCACCACUUUACUUUUUUCUCAUCGACGUGUCGGCAUCUGCAGUUCAAAGUGGAAUGCUUGAGGUUAUGUCACAAACUAUUAAGUCUUGUUUGGACGACCUCCCUGGUUAUCCUCGAACGCAAAUUGGCUUUAUAACUUAUGAUAGCACAAUACAUUUCUAUAACAUGAAGUCAUCAUUGAUGCAGCCUCAGAUGAUGGUUGUUUCAGAUUUGGAUGAUAUAUUUAUUCCGUUGCCAGAUGACCUGCUUGUCAACUUGUCAGAAAGUAGAAGUGUGGUGGAGGCAUUCCUAGAUAGUUUGCCCUCCAUGUUCCAGAAUAACAUGAAUGUGGAAUCUGCAUUUGGUCCAGCUCUUAAAGCUGCAUUCAUGGUUAUGAGCCAACUUGGUGGAAAAUUGUUGAUUUUCCAGAAUACUCUGCCAUCAUUUGGCGUUGGCCGCCUGAGGCUGCGUGGAGAUGAUAUUCGGGUUUACGGGACAGAUAAGGAGCAUAUUUUACGACUACCAGAAGAUCCAUUUUAUAAGCAGAUGGCUGCUGAUUUUACCAAGCAUCAGAUAGCUGUCAAUGUUUAUGCUUUCAGUGAUAAGUACACAGAUAUCGCAUCCUUAGGUUCACUGGCAAAAUAUACUGGUGGUCAGGUGUACUAUUACCCGAACUUCCAGUCCAGUAUUCACAAAGAUAAGUUGAGACAUGAGCUAGCCAGAGAUCUCACUAGAGAGACUGCUUGGGAAGCAGUCAUGCGAAUAAGAUGUGGAAAAGGGGUGCGCUUCACUACUUAUCACGGGAACUUUAUGCUAAGAUCCACGGACUUAAUUGCACUUCCUGCUGUUGACUGUGAUAAAGCUUAUGCUGCGCAGUUGUCUCUUGAAGAGACACUUUUGACCACGCAGACUGUCUACUUUCAAGUUGCAUUGCUAUAUACAUCAUCUUCUGGAGAAAGGCGUAUUAGGGUACACACUGCAGCUGCUCCAGUAGUUGCAGAUCUAGGAGAAAUGUAUCGAUUGGCAGACACUGGAGCAAUAAUCUCUUUAUUUUCAAGGCUAGCAAUUGAAAAAACUUCAUCCUCCAAGUUGGAAGAUGCUCGGAAUGCCGUUCAACUUCGGAUUGUCAAAGCCCUCAGAGAAUACAGAAACCUCUAUGCUGUCCAGCAUCGAUUGACUGGGAGGAUGAUCUACCCUGAAUCACUAAAGUAUUUACCCUUGUAUGGACUAGCAUUGAAUAAGUCAACACCCCUUCGUGGCGGGUAUGCUGAUGCCCAGCUUGAUGAACGCUGUGCAGCUGCUUAUACCAUGAUGGCUUUACCUGUUAAAAAAUUGCUUAAACUUCUCUAUCCUAACCUGGUUCGCGUUGAUGAUUCUCUCGUAAAAACUGAAGAAUUUGACAUUUCAAAGAGGCUACCACUUACUAUUGGGAGCUUAGAUACCAGAGGUCUCUAUAUCUUCGAUGAUGGUUUUCGGUUUGUCGUUUGGUUUGGCAGAGCUAUUUCACCUGAUAUAGCUCAGAAUUUGCUUGGGGAAGAUUUCGCUCUAGACUACUCAAAGGUUAGCCUUUCACAGCGAGACAAUGAAAUGUCGAGAAAGGUGAUGAAGAUUCUUAAUAAAUAUAGGGAGAGUGAUCCGUCGUAUUUUCAGCUUUGCCAUCUUGUGAGGCAAGGUGAACAACCGAGAGAAGGUUUCUUCCUACUCACAAAUCUAGUUGAGGACCAGGUUGGUGGUUCAAGCGGCUAUGCUGACUGGAUGUUGCAACUAUUCCGCCAAAUCCAACAAAAUGCAUAAGAUAUAAUAGGAAAUCGAAGUUGUGGUUUCUGCCAAUGAAAUUCCAGAUGGACAAACAAAGAGAUUAGAUAAUUAUACGCAAGUUGUUACUCUGCGAAAAGUCAGAUUCUCGUAUGGAAGGUCCAGAGUGAUGGUUCAGUGGAUUUCAAUUGAAGAGGGAUUGAAAGAGGGAGCUGCAGUGGGACCCCUUUGGUUCAUGUGGCUUUGAAAGGUGCAAGAAUAUACAGACCACUUGAGAAAAUAAGAGACCCCCAUACAUUAAAGUUAUGAUCUCUUGUUUAUUUUCUGAUUUUUUUUGUUUCUAAAUUAUUAAUUUAAAAUAUUUAUCGGGUGUGCUCGCAUGCCAACUUCUGUUUUUGAGUUUUGGUAGAUGGAUUUGUAGGUCUGUGUGUAUUUUUAGGUGUAGAAUACAGAACGAAUUUUCGGACGUUUUGGUUGUACUAUGGGUGCUCCCCUGUUGUGUUGUGUUUUUUUCUUAUUUUUUUCGAAACUUUGUUGCUUGAUCAAUUUUUUCUCCGUUACCGGUGUAGAUUGUCAGUUCCCAAGAAAUGCUGAAUAAUUUGUAGAAUGAUUUGUUUUUAAACAAUCGAAUACUCUAAUAAUUUCUGCCU